UGUCGUUUCCAUUCCGUCUUGACGCAAGUGGGGCGAAGGCACAAGGAGGGAACACGAAAACAAAAGGACCACGGAAGGCAUCGUUUAGGUCGAGCCUUGAGGUGGACCUGGCGGUGCAGGCCCUGCUGCUCCACGCCGUGGCCCUCUGCACCCAGUGGGGCACCGUGCACAUCGUCACUGCCGCGUCCACGGAGUGGAUCAAGAUGACGCUGCCCUCGCUGCUGCCCCGUGCCGCCAGCGUGGUGCGCGACUACGGCAUCAGCAUCACGGCGAGCACCAACUCGGUGUCCUCGCCGGGGCCCUGGCACAAGGCCCGCGCCUUCUACCACGCCCUGCAGCGCCUCCCGAAGGGCGUCAAGCGGGUGCUCUCCGUGGGCGACGGGCUGCAGGAGCGCGUGGCCCUGCACUUCGUGGCGGAGCAGCAGGUGUGGGAGCCCAGCGCCGACGGCGGCAAGCCAGGCGCCCCCGGGAUGGUGUCGUUCAAGUCCCUCCGGCUCCGCCAGAUGCCCACCAUCGACAGCCUGCUGCAGGCUCCAUUUUGUGAGCUCCUGUUGGAGCACCUUUGCUGGUUCAAGCUUUCAUGGGAGGUACCAGUCGUGGCGGUGGCGAUGUCUGGGGACUGGGCUCACGGGCCACCGCGGCAGAAGGAUGCCAAGCCCAAGAUCCCGCUGCUCGAUGCCUCUCAGCUCUCCGUGUUCGUCAAGAUGUCCGAUGCUGAUUUCGAGACCUCCAAGUCGCUCCUGGGCCCUUCACAGCGGGCCAGGGUCUUGGCCCAGCGGGCCUUGGCGGCGGGCGACCCCAAGGCGGUCGCCAAGCAUGCCCAGAUGGCUUACGACGAGGCCAAGCGCGAGGCGUUGCAGGUGCAGCAGAAGGUCGACAAGCUCGAGGGUCACGUGCAGGAGAAGUUUUUGGAGCUCGUGGCGCUCAAGGCCAAGCUCGAGCAGGUGCAGGCGCAUGAGCUCGCGUGUGCGGCCAAGGCCACUGCGGCCUGGGCUGCUGCCAGCAGCGGUCCUGUGCGGGCUCGGCCUCCUGGCGGCGGUCUCACCGAAGUUCUGCCUGAUGAUCCUGCCUUCGCUUUGUUGCUGCAGCUCGAGGCCAUGGACAAAGGACUUGCGAGCUCGCUGCGUUCUCUUCUUGCUACUCGUGACGGCAUGCUGCGCCCCGCCGACGAUGGCAGUGAGGAGGCCGAGAGCGACAGUGACGACGGCAUGCGCGACGCUCCUGUCUCUGAGCCGCAGGCGCAGAAUACUUGGUCGAUCAUCACCGCCAACGUCGGCGGGCAGGUCGGCCUCGACGCGUACCUGUCGGAGUCUAUUUACAGUGAUGUCCUUUUGAUGCAGGAGUCCCGCAUGUUGCCCGCUGCCUCUCAGGCUCUUGAGUCCAAGAUGCGUGCUGCUGGUUGGUCGGCCUCUGCUACGGCUGCGCUUCCCGCAGCUGGCAAUCCUUCUGGUGGGCUGAUCACGGCGUCAGUUGCUCGUGUUGGGAUAGCGCCGCUCGAGAAUUUCGACAGCCAGGUUGUGGCCGCUCGUGCAGCGGCUUUGCAUGUGGGCGGCAUGUUGCGUGGCGGCUUCCUCAUCGUUAAAUUGUACCUGGUGCACUCUGUGGGCAUCGACGAGCAGAAUUGGGCGAUCCUCUCGCGUGUGGGAGCCAGGCUCAAGGCUGCUGGCAUGCCCUUCAUCGUCGGUGGCGGUUGGAAUUGUACUCCAAGCGAUUUAGUCAAGACGUCGUGGGUCGAUGCUCUCGACGCCGUCAUCGCGGUUGACCCCUGGGACCACGUCGGGGAGCUUUGUUCGGAUCCUGAUCUCCAGAUCCAGGCUGCCUGCCCUGCCGUGCAGCUGUCCGUCAACGUUGACGAUUGUGGCCUCAUGCGCUGGGGCACCGAGUCCCGCGUGGUCGGUGACAUCACCGCCGCAGGCCAGCACCUGUUGCAGCAGCUGCGCCAGGUCGACUUAAAGUUCGCUCUCGGCAGUCUCGCGUCUGAGCGUAAUCUUGGCGUGGACUACGGCUCGGGCAGGGUGGCUAGUCGGGGCACGGUCCGUGGGCGUGUCGCUUGCAUGAGGCCUAGGUUGGUCCGAAUGGGUUUCCUUAAAGGCUCCAAGCCUCGUCGCCGCGUGCUCGGGCGCAUGGCUCGAGCUGCUCUGGAGUCGUCGGUCCUUUUCGGAGCGUCCGUCAUGGGUACCAACGGGCAGGAGUUGGAGGUUCUUCGAGGCGCGGCUGGUAAGCUGCAGGACCACCGUCAGGAUGGCAAGUCUCGGACUUUGAGCCUUCUUCUUUCCCCAGUGCCCCGCUUGGACCCCAUCUUUAGGACCACUUGGUUACCCGUGAAGUUCUACCUCCAUGCGCUCUGGCACCGUUGGUUACCCCAUGAGGCCUUGGAUUUCGGGCGCCGUGAGGCCCACGGGCGCCUGUCGGGGCUGGAGCACCCUUGGUCCUCCAUUGGGGGCCCCUUUUGCGCCCUGUGGGCCUCGCUCAGGCGUGUGGGUAUCAUUGCUACUUCGUCCUCUUCCUGGAUCUGGCCUGAUGGGGCCGACGCCAACUCGAUGAGCUACUGCCCCGUCACUGUUCAGGAGCUCGUGUUUCGUGCCGUGGAGGCGUGGCAGUAUCGUAAGGUCGCGGAACAUCUCGAGGUUGAGGACUUCGCCAACGGGCUGAUCCUGGGACCCCGGAAGGCCCUCCUUGGCAGCAAGAGUAAGUUGUCGGCCCAGCAGCAGGGCCACCUCCGCAGCACGGUCAUCGGUGGGCAGUGGCCACAGAAGAGGCAGUGGGCCGCGGGACCGCUCUUGGACCCACUGCAGUGCAUCAAUGCUGCUGAGCUUGUUGCUGUCAUCAAUGUUCUUCGCUUCGCGUCUCCGCCUGUGCGUGUCUACACGGUCACGGACCACGCUCGCAAGACGUUGAAGAGGCUGGCGAAAGGUGAAUUCAGGCUCAGUGGCAAAGUCUAUCGAGUUCAGUCCUUGGUCAGGCUCCCUGUCCAGGAGGUCGGCCACUUCCGCCAGCCACGUGCCGCAGCCCUGGCGCAGGAGCUCCGGGGACCGGUCCACCUGCCAGAGGCAUCGGGAGGCCACGCGGCGGCGGCGGCGCGCGGAGAGGUGCGGCUGCCACGCGGCCACCGCGGGGUCGAGCGCUGGGCAGGUACGCGGCUGCCACGCGGCCACCGCGGGGCCGAGCGCUGGGCAGAGGCCUGA